CCGUAUGUAAUAGCAGAAGCAGCCAUCAACGCGGCAAAACUGAGCAACUUACCACACGUUACUUGGGCGGGUUUGUUUUUAUUUUACGUGUCCUUCAAAAUAAAGGCUGCAUUUGCUGAAUCACAGGAAGCCAUCAAGGUGAUGGUGUGAACUUUCUGCUGACAUGAGUGCGCUGUUUACAUGUGAGGAGCCGGCCACAUGGAGAAAAGUUUAUGAGAAAUACUGGGAUGUAGUGGAGGCCAAGGCCAAAGGCAAGAAACCUGGGACUCUGCUGAACCUUGACCGCUGGUACCAACAGGAGCUGCCUACGCUGAUUUCAAGUCGGCCUGCCAAACAUGUCACUCUGUCAGAGCUGGAGAAACUGAUGGAGUGGAAGCUCACUAGAGGGAAGUUCAGGCCGAGGCUGCGGCAGCUGGUGGCUUCCAACAGUGAGGACGAGGUGGAGAAAUGUUCCAGAAAGGCCUUCAGCCUUCUGCCUGACGUGCAGGCAGCGAUUGCAGAGCUCAGCUCCCUGAAAGGAGUCGGCCCAGCCACUGCUUCAGCUGUGUUAGCAGCGGGAGCUCCAGAACAGGCUGCGUUCAUGUCUGAUGAAGCCAUGGAGAGUGUACCAGGACUAAAGCCAAUCCAAUACACCGCCAAGCAUUACACUCUGUACCUGGAAAAGAUGACUGAGAGGACUGAAAAAUUAAACAGAGUGGAUCCGAUGCAGGACUGGACGCCCCACAGGCUGGAGCUGUGUUUGUGGGCGAUGAGCAUAGCUACACAGCAGCAGCUCCAACUUCUAAAGGACAUCGAUGUGAAGGGGAGCGUGGUGGGGGAGGAGUGCUCCGACAGCAAAGCCGACCAGAGACCAAGAAAGAAACUCAAAACUGUUUAAAAUAUAACAUUUUAUGUGAAUGCUGAAUUGAUAGUUCUUCAAAACUAUUUUUCCAAA